AUGGCCGGCGAUCUCUUCCGCCGUGAUAGACCUUUCCACCAACUCGAUGGCUUAUACACCGAAUGGUCCGAACACCUAACCAAAAACUGCAUCCCUCUCUUCCGCCAAUCUCAACGUUCCGACGUCAAUAACGCCACCGUUCUCCGCGACAUACACUCAUACUACGACACUCUAGACCAUUACGCGAACAAAGACACCAUCCUCUACUUCCUCUUCCCCUCAUGGCGCAGCAACUCCCUCGAGACGCCGAUCCUCUUCCUCGGCGACAUCCAUCCUCGUCUUUUCACCGAUCUUAUCCAUUCUUUCAUCGAUCAAGAUCCAAUGAUCUGCAGCACUUACAGUGAUCUUGCUGCGUGGGAAGACCUAUCGCUGAAGCUCGGGGACGAUAUUAACGUAACAGUCUCGCGUCUACUAGGUGAGAUGAAGGGAGCACAGGACGGUUUCGUAAAACGUUUCUCGGAUAAGUGGGUAUCUUCGUUUCUUGGCUCUCGGAGUGGGACGGUAGUAAUGGAGACGGCGACUUCAGUGACGACGGAUCAAGAUGGUGGUGGUGAGAUGAUCAUGGAGGAGUUUGUGAGAAUCUUUCGUGAAGCGAAUCAACUGAGGAAGAAUACGAUCAACAGCAUUGUUGGAGUGUUAGACAUGAAUCAAUUGGCUCUCUUUCUUGAAAGCGUUUGCAAGUUUCUUGCUGGGUUUAAACAUCAGGAUAAGGCUUUUCACAAUUCUCUGUUUGGUAAUCAUCCCAUGAACCAGCAGCUUGCAUCCGGAGAGGUUAUUGCAUCACACAGUAAUUAUCCUCCGCACAUGAUGCAGCAGCAGUAUGCAGCUCAGCUUCCACCACCUAACCAUACUGUUCCGCCCAUGAACCAGCAGCAACAGACACCUGAACAGGUUCACGUUAUAUAUGUUGGGAACUUGGCCCCAGCGGCCACGCAGGAGUUGCUACGACAGAUCUUCAGUCCUUAUCGUUCGCUUAGGGAAACAAAGAUUUGCAUUGACAAAAGAGGUAACAAAUAUGGUUUUGUUAGCUUUGCCGAUCUAAAGGAGCAAAGGCAUGCUGCGCUGCAUAUGAACCGUAAAUUCUUUUUAGGUAGGGAAAUGUUUACUGGUCUUGCAACUAAGAACUCUAUCUAG